UUGCCGUGUGAUAAGAAGUUCGUUGCCCCUUUGCUCUAUCCUGUGAUUCGUGCCGGCUUUGUUUAAAACUAAAGCAAACAAAAUUACUAAAUACCUUAUAAAUAAUUAUAUAAAUAAUAAUUAAGGAAUAAGUUAAUAAGGGAUAGAACAAAAUGACAAAGUUAUCUGUUCUUAUACUAGGCGGUUGCGGUUUUAUCGGUAGAAAUCUUGUAUCACAUCUCCUAGAUAAUGAUUUGGUUGAAAAGAUUACCGUUGUUGAUAAAAUCCCUCCUCAAGUUGCCUGGUUGAAUGAGGAUCAUGCCCAUCAUUUUAAAGAUAAUAGAGUUACUUUUAAAAGUGCUAAUUUGAUUAAUGCAGAGUCUUGCAAAAAUGCGUUUAGUCUUCCUGAUGGUUCCACUUGGGAUUUAGUGGUUAACUGUGCAGCAGAAACUAGAGUUGGCCAGACAGAUCCUGUGUAUAAUGAAGGGAUCUUAAAAUUAAGUACGAAUUGUGCUAAACAAGCAGCUUUGCAGAAUGUAGGGAGAUACAUAGAAUUAUCUUCAGGAAACAUGAAUUCAUCUGAGAAACAUCCCCAUAAAGAAAAGGACGAUAUUCAACCUUGGGGAUUUAUGGGAAAAUGGAAAGCUCAAGUAGAAAAAGAAAUUAAGUCUAUACCACAUCUGCAUUAUACAAUUAUCAGAUUGCCUGUUGUUUAUGGUAUUGGAGAUAAAAACAAUUUAAUGCCUCGUAUCUUAGCGGCUGCAAUUUAUAAAGAAUUGAAGAAGCCCAUGCAGUUGCUAUGGAACGAGUAUCUAAAAAUAAACACGGUGCAUGUGGAAGAUGUCUGUAGAGCAAUAAUGUUUUUGAAUCAAAGAGAAGAUACUGUGAGAAAGGUAUACAACUUAGUGGAUGAUGGUUCGACCACACAGGAACUAAUUACCGACAUUUUGGCAGAUAUUUUUAAUAUCAAUGUAAGAUACCUUGGAAAUAUAGUUUCAUCCUGUAUAGAUAUUGAAGAAGCAGCCGAAGAAGCCAACGACAGACACUUGGCACCAUGGGCAGAGGCUUGUCGUAGAGAUCACAUCGAGAAUACCCCAUUGACACCUCAUAUGGACUCUAUUCUGCUGCAAAGUAAACAUUUGAAUUUGGACGGUAGUAAGUUAAGAAAUCUGGGUUUUCAGUUGAAUGUUCCCAGACCUACCGCAGAAAAAAUAAAAGAAAUUAUCGAUGAUUAUGUCAAGAUGAAAGUUUUUCCUCCGUCGCUAGCUUCCUAAAAGAUUACUUACUAAGAUCCCCCUUUCGUUAUUUUAAGUCAAUCGAGGAACUGUUUAUAAUUAUAUUAAAGAAAAAGGCUGAAUAUACAUUUAAUAAGAAUCUUAAACCUAUAUAGUUUAUAAGGGGGUUUAAUAUGUUUAUAGUUUUAUAUUUGCUUAAUAUUGCUUUAAUUCCUUGGGUGCUUGAUUUGCUUGUUUAUUUCUUCCAUUCCUAGUUAUAUACAAUAUGGGCAAGCAGUUGUGCCAAAUUUGCACAAUUUAUUCCAUUCGUAAUUGGAGAUGUUACAAAAAUAUAAUCUAUAUUAUGUUAAGGUGCGUUCACACCAGCUGCGCCGCACAAAUCGUUUUUUUAACAUAUGUAUGUAUACUUUUGUGCUCGCUAAAAAAAUACACUUCAAAAGCUCAUGUUAAAAAAUAUUUGGCGCAGCUGGUCUGAACGCACCUUUAAACAUACAAAUUUAUCUUAUCAAUGUAUUAAAAAUACACAAAAUAUAUAAUUAUUUUUCAGUGAUCUUAUAAGUCUUCUAAUAGACACAAAUAUUGUUCAAAAAUGUUCAGUGUUUUGUCUUAUCUUGUAUAUUGUAUACUAUAUGUCAAUUUAUUAUGCUGUUUACAUACUUUUAAAAAUCGAAUUUUUUUAAUGUAAGUAUUCUAAAAAUCCGUACAAAUUUUAAAAUAUAAAAGAUUGAAUUAUAAAUUUCUUAGGGACAUACAUUAUAAUAUUCGAUACGUUUUUAUUUUUUUUAAAUGUAAUCCAAUAAAUAAGUUUCCAAUAAUGAUAGAUUAUACCAAGGUCAAUAUUUUAUUCAAAUUUUUGUAUUGGAAUAUUAUAGGUUUUCGAUUUUUUAGAAACAAUCCUAACAUGUUUAAUGUUAUGUUUUAGAAUCAUUAAUUAUACCCCAGUCAGAAUAAACAAAAAAAGGGGGUUAAAUAAAAAUAAUUCACAUAGAGCUGAAAAUUGGUACAGGUCUUAAAUACACUAUUAUAAAGGAUAUCUGAAAAAUCCCCACCCCUCCCACGUCUGCCAAAAAAAAUUUUCAAGGUCAAAAGAAAAAAAAAUAUGUUUUUGCUUUUUUCUCCUAAACGGUAAGCGCUAUCGCAAAAGUAUCUUAAACAAGUGUUGUAGACCAUUAAAUUUCUUUUGACCAGAGACUUUUG